AUGGCGCUCAAAAACGCGCUCAAGGCCGUGUUUCCUAGCGCCCAGCAGCAGCUGUGUAUAUAUCACGUCAACGCCAACGUUAAUGCAAGAAUUCGAUCGAAGUGGAAGAGCGAAGACGGCGGCAGCAAUAACGAAGCUGACGAUAACGAGCCUGAGGUUGCUGAAGGCAACGAAGACCUCCUCAAGGCUCGAGCUCGCGCUGACGACGCUGCCGUUGAAGUUGACGAUGACCUCGCCGCCCGCGCCGCCGAGCAAGAGAUUGCUAAGCGUAGCUGCGCUGCCCUGCUGCCCGCCGCCGACCCCCAGUCUCGCAAGGGCAUAUUCCGCGCCUAG